GAAAAGUUUUACAUCAAUUUUCAGAUUCAUUUUAUUUGUCCAAUCCUAUAUAAGACAAUUGGAGAACAAUAUAGUUUGCUGCUGAAGAAAUUUAUAAAUUAAAAUAAAAAGAAAAAAGAAAAGACAGGGAAAAAAAUUCCGAAAAGAGACCUUUGUUGCUUUGUUUUAUUGACUCCACUCAAAGAAAUAGGUGAAUUUUAGCUCAUCGACUAAACCAAUGGCCGGUGAAUAUCCGAUGCAAUCCACUCACAGCGGCGGAAUCGACGGUGGCGACGGAGUAGGAUGUGGAGAGGUGAGUCGUGGUGGUGGGUUAGCUCGGAUCCGUUCAGCUCCGGCUUCUUGGAUUGAAACCCUACUCGAGGAUGAUGAAGAAGACGAUUUGAAACCUAAUCUCUGUUUAACUGAGCUUCUUACCGGAAACUCGGCCGGGUUAACGAGUCACCGCAUGUUAGAGCUCCAGAGUUCCGUUGAGCAGGGACUGUACAAUCACCAGGGUGGUUUUCACCGUCAGAACAGCUCUCCGGCGAAUUUUCUCCGUGGCUCUGGAGCUGAGGCUGAUGGGUUUUUAUCAAAUUUUGGGAUUCCGGCGAAUUACAACUACUCUCCGCCGAACGUUAAUAUUUCUACGGCGAGUAAACGGUCAAGAGAAGUUGAAGCUCAGCUUUCUUCUCAGAUGAAAAAAGAGCAAAUGAGUGGUGGUGUAUCAGGAAUGAUGGAUAUGAACAUGGAUAAGCUUCUUGAGGACUCUGUUCCUUUUAGGGUUCGUGCUAAACGUGGUUGUGCAACUCAUCCUCGUAGCAUCGCUGAACGGGUGAGGAGAACGCGAAUAAGCGAUAGGAUCAGAAGGCUGCAAGAACUUGUUCCUAACAUGGAUAAGCAAACCAACACUGCAGACAUGUUAGAAGAAGCUGUGGAGUAUGUGAAAGCUCUUCAAUGCCAGAUCCAGGAGUUGACAGAGCAGCAGAGAAGGUGCAGAUGCAAACCUAAGGAAGAACAAUAAGGUUUCCUUUGGAAUUGAAUAUAUAUAUAUAUGUAUAUGUAAUUAUUUUGUUUAAUUUUAAGUGGUGAUCUGUUAGAAAAUAGGAAACGUUAUCCUUUUAUUUUAUUAAAAAAUAGAUUAUUAGUUGUAAAAUGUUUUAUUUAAUGAACUUUAGCUGUAAAAUGUUUGUACAAUGAGGAAAGUCUUAAAGAAUCAAUAAAAGGGGG